UUAAAGGGUGCAGAAGCAGCCGGUUUGCUGCUGCACGGCUUCCUCUGUGGGGAGAGGAGAGAGCAGCUCCCUUCAUGUCCUGGCGAGAGCUGCUGCCCCCCUGGCUGGUGAUCGUGGCGGGGCUGACGGGCAUCGUGCUGCUCUGUGUCUCCACCAAAGAUGUGCCCAUGGCCCCACUCAGGACCAAGUAUGGCAUUGUUCUGGAUGCUGGUCCAUCCCGCACCAUCCUCUUCAUCUACCAGUGGACAACCACCAAGGCAAACAAGACCGGGGUGAUCAGAGGAUGCAGUUCCUGUCCUGUGCAAGGUCCAGGAGUCUCCAGCUACUCAGAUUCUCCUCAGAAAGCUGGGAAGAGCUUGGAGCCAUGUUUGAACUGGGCCCAGAAUGAGAUCCCAGCAGAGCAGCACAGCCAAACCCCCCUGUACCUGGGAGCCACUGCCAGCAUGAGGCAGCUGAACCUCACCCAUCCCAUCCUCUCUGCCAGUCUCCUUGCAGCUCUGACUGGCACCCUGAAGUCAUCCCCCUUCAACUUUCAAGGGGCACAAAUCCUGUCCAGCCCAGAGGAAGAAGCAUUCAAUUGGGUUGCUGCUAACUACAUCCUGGAGAACUUCUUCAGGUACGACUGGCAAGGACAGCUGGUGCCCUCCGGGAAGGGCAUGGCAGGAGUGCUGGCCGUGGGAAGAAGCUCAGCACAGCUCACUGCCGAGCUGCCAGGGGAGCAGCAGAGCCCAGAGCAGGCAGUGAGGCUGCAGCUCUACGGGCACACACACAGGAUCAGAGAGGGGCUAAAACCGUGUCCAAUCCCUGCUGGCCCCUCACCUACUCCCAGGAGGUGCAGUGGCAGUCGGUGCAUGCUGGGCCUUGUGCUGCCAGGGGUGACACAGGGGACAUCCCUGGCCCCAAGGAGCUCUUCAACAUCACAGGCUCCAGCAACCCCACAGCCUGCAUGAACCUCGUGCAGAGCCUGCUCAACUCUUCCUCCUCCUCCUGCAGCUUCUUCAGCAGUGGUCUCAAGCCCCUUCAGAGCAGGCUUCUGCUGAUUAAGGAGUCCCAAGCAAGCCUGGAUACACUUGUUGAUUACUGCACUGUGUCUGCCUUCAUCUUCCAUCUCAGUACAAGAGGAUACACACUUGACUUUGAGCAGCCUGCCUGGACUGCAUUCCAGAAGAUGGGUGACAGAUCAUCUGCCUGGACUCUGGGCUACCUGCUGAGCCUGACCAGCAGCAUCCCCCAGGACAGCCCAAGCUUCCUCAAGGGCAUCGAGCCGGGGGUCUGGUCCUUGCUCCUGAUCCUCUUCGUGGUGCUGCUCGUGGGCUCCUUCCUGCGCAUCUCGUACCGAGUGAUGGCCAAGGAGAGCAGCCCCAGCCACAGGAACAGCAGCGUGUUCGAUGACUGAUGGCUCUCUGUGACUCAGCACAGUUAACAGGGUCCAGACACAAAUCACACUGCAGGAUGCAAGUGGUUUUCCUGCAGGGCUCCCAGCAACUUGCUGGUACUUGCACUGCUGUACUUUGAGACAAUGGAGCCUGCUCCACAGGAAGUCUGUGAUUCCUGGUGGAUGGCAAGCUACUCAUUCUCCAAACAAGAACAGCCUGCAUGGCUCUUCCUUGGGCUACAGCUGGGAUUACUCAUGUCAGACCUGAAAUGAUGCCUCUGAGCAGGCAGGCCCUGAGCUCUUGUGAAGCUCAUGCUGUAUAAUCCUGUCAAACAGAAGAGGUGGUGUCUGAAAAAUGUGCUCUGUCCCCUUCUGUGGCCUCUUGAGAGAUGAUACCUGCAAUAUUGCCAUUAGUGAGGACUGGAAACACAGUCAGAAUGUAAGAGCCAACUGCUUCCAGAUAUUUUCUGCCCGAUCUGUCUGUGCUUUCAUGUCACUGAUGAUGGCCACAUGUCCCUUCCAAUGAACACUCCUUGCUGACCAGGAAUCCUUCAAAACCAACCCUUCUUAGUCUUGGCCUCUACAAAAUGUGCAGUGGAUCAAAGGAGAAGCAAAGGGCACAGACACACAGCUGAGGUUUUGCCUCUCAGCUGAGUCAUGGCCACACAGGGUUAAAAUUGCCAAUUUAAACUGUUUAGCAAGGACUCAAAUGAACACAUUUAAUUUCACAUUUGCUAAAGCUGGGCUCAUGCUGGGCUGAGGCUCACCUGUUUGUUCAUUUGCACUGACCUGCUUCUCUUGCUGACUCUGAAGUGUCUCAGCUGACUCUGGAAGUGUCUCAGCUGACGCUGCCCUUCAGACCAGAGCAGACUCAGGAACAGAAGCUUUCCUAAUUGUCACUUUCAUAUUUCACCACGACCAGAGGUACUUUAUGAUCUAAUAAUCAGGAUUCCCCUGGGACCUGCAGUCAUUCCAGCUCCUCUGGUCUGUCCUGCACGUCUGAAAGAUGAGGUGCUGUACAAAUUCUGAGUUACUGUGAAGAACAGGGAUCGAUUCACAAGCACUGUCCUUUGACUGAGGCAUUUAGAGCUUUCUUCUCAACUGCUUCAGAGCCUUAAAACACACAGACUGUUAAGAGCCUCAGGGAUGAGUGUCCCCAAGGCUUUUCAGACCACUUUAAACAGAAAUGUAAAUGCUCACAGAUGCAGUGGUGAGCCUUGCAGGAUUUUUAAAGCUACCAUGGCACCUAAAUCCUUUCAAAUCUGAUUAUUCGUCCCUUGUGCUCCCAACUGAUAAUAUAGGACACACACACCCCAUAAUGUUGGGGUAUUCAUGCAUUUUCAGGCCAAUUAAUGAAGGUUUGGAACCUGCCAGUCAAGUUUAGAGGGCUGUGGAAACAGACUUAAGCUUCAUAUUCAUUUCUUUGAGUUGCACGUUAGAUAUUUUUAAUUGUAUCAUGUCAUUAAAGAUGUUUGAAUAGAC